GUUCGCUCCUUUGGAGAUUAAAAGGAUUCCGAGCUCCAUCGGUUUCAAUAACAGGCGUUCCGAAAGAGGUCGACCAGGAAUGCGAGCAUCUCGGCGCCCUGCAAAAAUCCGGCUCACCUAAAUCGCGGGUCGGGGAGGGGGGAGGGGAACGUAGGGGGAGCGAAACCACCCAUUCACCGGCACGAUGGCUACAGCGGAAUCGGAUGGGAUCUCCACGCUCUUGCCACUACUGUUGUUAAUUUAACCCCUCGGUCGGCGGGCGCUCCCACCUCCCCCCAUAGAUUUUCUUGAUAACCACGUUGGGGAUUUUUUCAUCUUCGGAGGGCAAAAUAAAGAAUUCGUUUUCAAUUAUUUUUGGAAGACCACGCGAAGAAUUGAAAUGACAAAGGAAAUGUGAUCGCAGUGCUUAGGGAGCGAGGCGCAAAAGAAGGCUGCUGCCGGAUUGCAGCCUGGGGAAAGCGCUACACCGCUGUUGCAAUUUGUGCAAUCGAACCUAAUACGCCCCCCCAUGAAUAAUUCAGGAAGGCCGGCCGGAACCUGCCGCCGCCGUCCUUUUCUCAGGCGGCUCCUUUUGCCGGUUUAAACGCGUGUGCGGCCAAGCUACAGGAAAGAGUGAGACCGCGUGCGUGUCGCUGCCGCCCUUGGGCAGCAGCAAAAAAGGAGCAAAUUCGGGAAACCCCCAGAAAGAAUAAAGGACCUGAUCGAUGCGCUCACUCGGCUUCCCGGGGGAUCCGCUUGGAGACCUGGAAAAGGCGUGGACCCGUGAGGAAGACGAUCUCUGGAGAGUAAGAACGCGUGCUCGUUCAUUCAUUCACACGCACCACCCACCCACCCACUCUUUCUUUCGGAAGCCUGCCUGCCCAGAAAGCUACACCGGAGGAAUCGCCAUCUCUGCUUCUCGUUUUCAAGACAUGCGGUGGUGGAGCCCUCAGGGGUGGAUCGGUGCCGGAAGAGUCUUCCGGGACAACUUUCGUGUCUCCCGAAACCUCCCGGAGUCCCCAAGAAAGGAGAAGUGAAGCAAGUGGUCCCGCUGUUCCUUCACCUCUCUCUCCUUCACCAACCGAGCCCUUUUCUCAUUCCCUCGCCAUCAACCCGCCUCUUCUGAUACACCAACUAAAGAGAAGAUUUCGCCCCCCUCCUCCUUCAGUUUUUCCCCUAGAAGGAAGCGAACGGCAGCCGCGCGACCGGAUCCAGUUCACGCUGGAUUUUUAAGGAGUAGGGCCCGAUGCACUUUUCUAUUAAAGAAACCCUCAUUCUUUCGCCUCGUAGUCCGAGAAACGCUGAGGCGGCAGAGAAGGAAGAAGGCGCUGUCCCAGGUGGGAAGCUUUAAACGCAGAGCGAGGGAGGGGGCAAAUCAGAGGAGCGUCUUCCUCCUGACGCUACUUAAGGAAGGAGAAGACGAGAGGAACGCCGGCUGAAGCUGCUCCCGUCUCGCCUAGCCCGCGAAGAGUGGUUUGGAGUAGCAGGAGUCGUCGCAGCGCCCCCACACAGCGACUAAUUGAUGCCACCCACCAGGGCUUGCAACGCGGGUCGUCGUCGCUCGCUUCGGUUCAUGCUGCUACUGCUGCCGCCUCCUUACUAGCCGCACUCUCUUGCGCUUCCCCCUCCCCCUCCCAAUGGCUUCGUUCCCCGAGUCAGAUUUCCAGAUUUGUCCACUGUGUAAGGAGAUGUGCGGCUCGCCGGCUCUUGUCUCCUCUAAUUCGUCCACUUCGUCUUCUUCUUCUCAGACUUCAAACUCUUCCGGGGGCGGCGGCGGCGGGGGGGUGUCUUCAUCCUGCACCCCGUCGAGGCGGCUCCACGUCUUGCCCUGCCUGCACGCUUUCUGCCGCCAGUGCCUGGAAGCGCAGCGCCACCCAACCGCGGGUGACUCUCUAAAGCUGCGCUGCCCCAUCUGCGACCAGAAGGUGGUGAUCUCGGAGCCGUCGGGCAUGGACGCGCUGCCCUCCUCCAACUUUCUCCUCAGCAACCUGCUCGACGUGGUCGUGGUGGCCGCCGCCGCUGCCGAAGAUCAGAAGAACAACGGUCGUCCGGGCGGCGGCGGCCAAGGAGGCGGCGGCGGAGCGGCGAGCAACAGCAAUACUAACAACCGGCACCCUCAUUCCCGCCAGCAGCCUGUUCAACAGCAACAGCAGCACCGCACCGCUGCGGGUGGUUCUUCCCCGGGCUCUGCCGCCGGCUCGGCGCCGUCCGGGGGAGGCGGUGGCUCCGCGUUGCUGCUUAGGAGGCCCCACAGCCGACAGGGCGAGCCCCGCUGCAGCUCGUGCGACGAAGGCAACGCCGCCAGCUCCCGCUGCCUCGAUUGCCAGGAGCACCUGUGCGACAACUGCGUGCGCGCCCACCAGCGCGUUCGCCUCACGAAGGACCACUUUAUCGAGCGCUUUGGCCCAGGGCCGCCCGCGACGGCGGGAACCGGCCCCGCCUCGGCAGCCUCCCAGCUCGCUCUCAACCCACCCUAUUCCGCCUCGCCUUACAACAUCCUAUCUGUCUUCCCGGACCGAGUCAACUAUUGCCAGCACCACGACGACGAGGUGCUGCAUUUCUACUGUGAUGCUUGUUCUGUUCCCAUUUGUCGGGAAUGCACCAUGGGACGCCAUGUCGGCCAUAGCUUUAUCUACCUCCAAGAAGCUUUGCAGGACUCCAGAACUCUUACUAUUCAGCUGCUAGCAGAUGCACAACAGGGCCGCCAAGCUAUUCAGCUGAGUAUUGAGCAAGCGCAAGCUGUAGCAGAACAAGUUGAGAUGAAGGCAAAAAUGGUACAAUCUGAAGUGAAGGCUGUGACUUCCAGACACAAAAAGGCUUUAGAAGAAAGAGAAUGUGAGCUGCUGUGGAAGGUGGAAAAAAUCCGCCAAGUGAAAGCCAAAUCCCUCUACUUGCAAGUUGAAAAAUUACGUCAAAAUCUUAAUAAGCUAGAUAACACCAUCAGCGCAGUCCAGCAAGUCUUGGAAGAGGGACGGAACAUGGAUAUCCUCUUGGCACGGGAUCGGAUGCUUGCACAGAUGCAGGAAAUGAAGAAUGUAAGAGGCUUCCUGCAGCCUCAAGAGGAUGACAGGGUCAUGUUUACUCCUCCUGAUCAAGCACUGUAUUUGGCCAUCAAGUCUAUGGGGUUUGUCAGCAGUGGGGCCUUUGCUCCUCUGACCAAAGCCACUGGGGAGGGUCUCAAACGUGCAUUGCAAGGUAAAGUAGCUUCUUUCUCAGUGAUAGGUUAUGAUCAUGAUGGUGAGCCUCGCCUUUCUGGGGGAGACAUGAUUUCAGCUGUUGUAAUGGGGCCAGAUGGAAAUCUCUUUGGUGCUGAUAUUUGUGACCAGCAGAAUGGAACUUACCUUGUAAAUUACAGGCCACAGAUGGAAGGGGAACAUCUGAUCUCAGUCAUGAUGUGCAACCAGCAUAUAGAAAGCAGCCCAUUUAAAGUCAUGGUCAAAUCAGGACGUAGUUAUGUUGGCAUUGGAUUGCCAGGGCUCUGUUUUGCUAGUGAGGGGGAUAGUGAUGGAAAGCUGUGCCGCCCCUGGGGUGUUAGUGUAGAUAAGGAAGGCUAUAUCAUUGUUGCUGAUCGUAGCAACAACCGCAUUCAGAUCUUUAAACCUUGUGGGGCUUUUCACCACAAGUUUGGCACCUUGGGCGCCAGACCUGGCCAGUUUGAUAGGCCUGCUGGUGUUGCCUGUGACUCCUCACGGAGGAUUGUUGUGGCAGACAAGGACAAUCAUCGCAUCCAGAUCUUCACUUUUGAUGGCCAGUUCAUUCUCAAGUUUGGGGAGAAGGGAACCAAGAAUGGGCAGUUCAAUUAUCCAUGGGAUGUAGCAGUUAACUCUGAGGGAAAAAUCCUGGUGUCCGACACAAGGAAUCAUCGGGUUCAAUUGUUUGGACCUGACGGAGUGUUCCUGAAUAAAUAUGGUUUUGAAGGAGCACUCUGGAAGCACUUUGAUUCCCCACGAGGUGUGACAUUCAAUCACGAGGGCCAUCUUGUCGUGACUGAUUUCAACAAUCAUCGACUUCUAGUCAUUCGCCCUGACUGUCAGUCAGCCCGUUUCCUUGGGUCUGAAGGCACAAAUAAUGGCCAGUUUUUGCGCCCACAAGGUGUGGCUGUGGAUCAGGAAGGUCGUAUUAUUGUCGCAGAUUCUAGGAACCACCGUGUACAGAUUUUUGAGCCAAAUGGUAGCUUUUUAUGCAAAUUUGGCACUCAGGGAAGUGGCUUUGGUCAGAUGGACCGUCCUUCAGGUAUUACAGUCACCCCAGAUGGUAUGAUAGUUGUGGUGGACUUUGGAAACAAUCGAAUCCUCAUAUUCUAAUCUGUGUAUAUGUGUACUAAGAAGAAACUGUCUCAGGGAAAAUCCUUCUAAGAGAUCUUGCCCCACAUAAACACACAAAUAUUCCAAUGAUAGUUCAAACCUACCUCAUCUUUAAUUUUUUUAUAGAUGAAUGUAUUUUCCCUUUAUAUCUGCAGGGGUUGAACCUGUGAUUAUAUGAACUCUUAAUCUACCUCAUUAUCUUUAUGUUCCUUUAUACCCACAGUAUACACAGUGCAGUAUAAAAUUAAGUCUCUUUUUCCCUAAAUGGGACACUCAUGCACAAGCUUAUUUAUGUGCACAUUAGCUGGUUGUGUGAUAAAUUUUGUAGAUUCUGCCAAAGAGGCACACUCAUCUUGAAAAAGAAGAAAAAAUCAGUAGUUUUAGAUUUUUAAUUGUUUUAUAUUCAGAUUGUACUGUGUUUUUCUUAUUGGAGAAGGUGAAGGGAGCUGUAUUUUUAGAUGCUGCUGCAGCAGAGAAAUCGUUUCUUUGUUCUCUUUUUUUAUACCUCAGUGCAUUUGACAUACUGUUCCACAUAGCAUCUUAUUUCAGAAGGCCUUUUCUUUUGAAAUGGGAUGGAAAUCACCAGGCAAAAAAAAAAGGCUAGGUUCUUUGUCACUGGUACUUUUCUGCAUGUGUAUUUUGAAAAAUGCAGUAAUUUCACGACACCAAAACAAUGUUUGAGAAUGCACAAAAUGUUGUGAUGUGUUCAACCUUAUUUUGGUAGUUUGGACUUUGGCCCAAAGGGCCGCAGGGCAAAACCACCCAUACAUAAUAGCCCUGGAGCUCCUGGAAACAACUUUUUUUAUCUGCUAGGCAAAGUUGCUCUCUACACUUGGAAACUUCAGAAGUUACCUCUGUUGUUGACGAAGGAGCUGCUAAAUGGGUGAGAAUGUGUCUCCCCUAAUAGCUUUUGACUUCAAAAGGAUAUUUUUGGAAUGUAGCUUUGAUAUAGUUGGAUGUUCAAGGCAAAUGAGGAUUUCCUCUUAGGCUAGUGUUUUUUCUCAUAACCUUUCUUCCAGUUCUUUUUUUUUUAAGUUACUUCCCUUAUGUAUUCUGUAUCUGUCUAUAUAUGUGUAACAAAUACGUGGCAAUAGCCAUUACAAUGAGUCAUGUUUAGGCAUGAUAUGAUAUUUCUGUUUUGAAAGUUUGUGUUGAAGAAAUUAGCUUUUUGUAGUUGUAGCAUUAUCAAGACAUGUGAUUUUUCAGGUAUAUAUAUCACAAGAAGUUCAAAUUUGGAAUUUCAGGGUGCAUAUCAGAAGUUAACAGUAAGGAAAGAAAGUAGAUAAUAGUAUGUAAUCUGAGUGGACGGUUUUCUGCCUUCUUCAAACAAGCCCCCCCCCCCCCCCUAUUAAAUGGAACAUCUACAUGGGAAAUUCAUCCUGACAGGAUAACCAUGUAGCUCCCUCUUUGGGAUAAAGACUGUGGAAAGUGAACCACCCUAAAUCCUACCUCAUUUGCUCCAGCGCCAAAGAAUGCCAUGUAAAAUGGGGGUGCAUUUCUAAAACCAAAACUAGUAAAUACCUUGAAUUCAAUCAGCCACAUUUAGCACUGAAAAUACUGAGAAUAUUUAUACUUCUCCAAGAAGCUGUAACUCAAGUUUUAUAUCAAAUUAUAGGAAUGUAAUUCCUUCCCUGCUUUGUCAUUAACCCCUAUAUACUCUGAAUAUUUGAGCAAAUGUGUGUUGAGUUACUAUGGUGCUUAGUCUCUGUGCUAAGGCUAUCCUUGGAGUCAUGUCUGUCAGGUAGUCUGAUGUCUUUUAUUUACGAUCCUGCUUGGAGAUUCAAAAUAUUGAUAGAGCAAUCAGCAAUCUGAGAGUUUUCAAAUAGAUUACUUCUUUUUUUAGAACUGAGUAAUCAGAAGGGGAUAAUAUGAACAUUUCAUGUAGUGACUGAAAUGAUCUUUAAUGAAAAAUAAUACUUCCUACCCAACCAUAUAUUCAUUACUGGCAGAUCUAUCCUUGAAUGUUUUGACCAGAAGAAGAUGUUAUGACUGCACUUUUUGCAUUUCCAAAGGCAUUACUUUCUAGAUGUGAUGAAAUUGAAUUCAUUCUUUAACUGGAUGGCUACAUUUAUAAAAGGAAUAGUUAAUUACUAUAUCCUUCUCCCAGAGAUUCAGGGUGUUCACAACUUACAUUUUUACAAUCCUUCACUGAACCAUCGUAGCAUUUCUAAUGUCUUAUGCUAUAUAAAUCAGUUGGGCAGACCAAAUGGUCUCCUUUUAGUCACCACCAGUAUCUCUGAGUUCAAGGAUUCAAAUUAGGCUUGGGGUAGAGUUGAUAAAAUAUAAGCUACUUUCAAUAUUUUAUGCUGCUGCAACUGAUAUAAAGCUAAGUUGCAAAGGAGCUUCACUGCUAAGGGAUAAAAGACUGGGCUAUCUGAAACUAAGGAUUGCCUUCGUAACCAUGGGCAAACCAAUAUACCAGUAGCAUACGAUGGAGGUAGUAUUAAUUCUUUAAGAUAACAUAUCAUGAUGCUUGAAAAUAUUCUUCUCUUAGACACCAAAUAUACUAUUUCAAAGGGAGGGGGGUUCUAUUGCCCCUGCCUUUAAUAAUUAAUAAAGGCAGGAUAUAAAAUAUAUAAGUCUUGUCCCAUAUAAGUCACAUUAGGCUUGUCAGAAAUUGUUAUUGGAGUUGACAAAGAACAUUGAGCAUUGUCACUGGAAAUUUAAGUUUAUCUAUCCUGAUGCCAAAUUUAAUGUAAGACCAGUGCAUAAUCUAUGAAGGCAUUUCAGAUUUUAGUUUGUACUUUAAACUCUAAUGUUAGUUUCUCAAAUGGCUACCAAAGAUAACUGGUUAAAAGCUUUAUUGUUAACAGAAUUCUUGAUGUUCUUCUAAUAGAAGCUGUUAUUUUCAUUGAUUCCAACUUUGUUUUCUGCUAGGCUUAUUGUAAACUAAGCUAUUUCUAGAAGUUUUUGUCCAGUAACUUCUGUGCCAUCCAUUCUUUCUAACCUCAUAAAACUGAUAAUUAAGGUAGUUCUACUUUUGAAAGACAUAUAUCUGCACACUUACAUGCCUACAUUUAAGGGGCUAUACAAGAUUGCAAAGACAGGAACCCUAUCAGGGGAAGAAGGUAUGUGUUGUGUAUUUGUUCAUCCACAAAUACUUUAUUUUAUGCUAUUGCAGAUGUAUAUCUGCUAUUUUGGCACAAAGUAAACAAUUUAGAAAAAUAGUGUCUUCAUACUAUUUUCCUCCUUGUGUAUUAUUAAGUUUUUAAUUUUUUAUAUGCUGCUGCUUGGCUGCCAGAUUUACUUUUAUCCAGUUACUGCAAUAGAUAAUGCCAAGUACACAUAAUCUCACUUUAAGGUUUAAUGGAAACUUCUCACGGGAGUAUUUAUAAUACAAUGAAUUAAAUAGUAUAAUAGAAAAAAUAUUGUCAAUUUAAAAUGCCCUCUAGGGGUCUGGUUUUAUUUGGAAUGGACUUACUGGGCUCCUGAGCAGAAAUUGAAUACAGAUUAACACUAGGUGAGCAAAGGUUUGAAAACAGCUUGUAAAUGUGUUUAUUCUUUAGCUCUUGGCUACUAAACCAAUACAUCUCAUUUACAAAAUAUUUGUUAUUUAUAAAGUUUAACCUAUAUUUGGGGACUGGUUGUGCUUUAAAUAUUUGAAUUUGGCUAAUCAAUAAGCUGUUAGGUUAUUUACUUUUCUAAUUAUUUUCUUUUCUUGAAAACUCAAUAAGGAAGCUAAGAAGUGCUGCUAAAUAGCAGGUACUUCAACAGUA